GCGAGAGUGCAUGCUAAAACUUUACUUAAAGUUUAACUCGGUCCCUCUUUCCAGUGCUGUGCUGUGUCUAUGUUGGGACAGGGGACAUCCAACCAAUCUAAGGUUGUUUUGGGACAAGCAGUUCAGCACUCUGCCCUUGAACCACCUAGAGUGAAUUAUUAACUACUUACAAUGCUUUACUACUCGUAUUCAAAGACAGGGAUCGCAUUUUAUACAACAGAGAUUUAUCAAUCGCAAUAGGGGUCGAGUGUAGGAUUUGUUCGAUUGUUAUGAAUGCAUUUUGAAUUGCUGUAACUAAUAAACCUCAAUAACGCGAGUAGCAGCGUGCUUGCGUAUCACUUGCAGCAGUUGUUUACAGAUCUGUCCAAUUUCUAAUGACAUUUUACCAAACAUUGCGUUGUUGAGAAACAUGAUGUGGACAACCCUGCUUGUGGAGUAACAAUCCAGCACCGGAAGAUUAAUGUUUAAUUAAAAAUAAAUGUUAUAACUUGCAUUGUUCUACGUGACAACCCCUGAACGUCAUUGUUUGUUUGCCAGCCAGUGUAAACUAGACUGUGCAACAUAAUCGGAUCCGCCUCUUUGGCCAUUCAGAAUCACAGCCAAACCAACUGCCACGAAACCUUGCUAACCACCCACCUCCAGAACUGAACUGCCAGUGAUUCGUGUCUUGUGUAUGUGUGUUUUGAAAAGGUAUUAUGCCAUCUCCGGCGACGUGUAAGGUGCUCAGUGAACAAGGGAACUAGGAUUUCGUGAAUCAAGUCUCCCAGAGGCGUACAUUUUUCAAGAACCAGACAGAGGAGGCGCAGGGCUAAAUAGAGAGUAGCGGUGGUUCUACAGUAAUAUAGGCUAAGCAAUAAAGCCGCAUUUGCUUCAUGGGGGUGGGUGAGGAAGUAGAGAGGGCGAGUCGCGGCUCGGACUCAGAAUCACAGCAAGACGAUGACCCGACAGAGGAGGAAUUCCAGCAGGUUUUAAAAGACAUCGGCGGCAGGGAAAGGAUUUUCUUAGUUAGCGAUGUUUUGGAGAAAGGUGACGGGAGCGAAACCGGUUCGCUGGAAGAGUUCGUGAAUGAGAUGUUCCCGUCGGGAUUAAAUACUACAACAGGUACUAGUGAUGAUGAAACUUGUGUUGCAAUCAAAAACGGUUCAAUUUCAGCAGGAGGGGGAGGUGACGGGAGUGUCAUCGGCAACGUGAAUGCAAGCAACUGUGCGGGUAUUCCUGGCGAAGAAAUACAACCAGGUGAAAAAGACGAAGCGGAUCCAUGUUCCAGCGACGACGCCAGCAGUAGCGCUGCCAAGCCGGCGACCGGGCUGGUUAAGUGCUCCCAGCAGAAAGGAGGGGUCGAAACACGCAGGGCGUAUGGCAAAGCGUGCAAAGGCACACAGCGAGCCAUAGACUGCCCGUUAAUCGUUUUUGUUUUCAGGCACGAGUUUCUGCUUCACCCUCGAAACAGGGUUUGCCUGAAGGAGAUUCUCAAGGACGUGAGGGGUCGCAGUCGGGCUGCGGGUGUGCAGCCGGCUCUGCUCGGGCUGGUGCACUCGAGAAGGGAAAGCGGGGACAGCUGGCAGUCCGUCCGGCUGCUGGAGCAGCUGCUGCAGAGAGUUUUCAAGGGGCACCCCGGUGAGGCGAUGUGGGCUGGUCACUUCAUACCGAAGAAUCCGGGGUGCACACUCGAAAUUAAGAGAAAUGCCUGCAAAGCCAUCCGAGCCUCGCUUUGCACAGAAACAGGGGACAGUAGAGAUAGAGGAGGCACAAUGUCCUGGGUUCGGAAGUGCUUCCCCUGGCAGGCACGAGAGAACAGGAGGAGACAACCCAACUGCAGCUCCAGCACCAGCCGGCAAGGUGUCCAGCAGAGCAGGGAAGAAGCCGUCCCCUUGCGCAUCAGCAGGCCUGUCGCUGAGCCCCUGAACCCUUCCUGCAUCGCGAGCGAGCAAGAGACCCAGGCCUGACCGAGCGCACCACACCCCUCCCACCCCCACGCCUGCUUCCCAAUCAUCCAGCCCCCUGGCAGUCUUAAUACCCCUGGAGCCAAGCCCUUCUGUUACAAUCACAUAGAUCUAAGCAAACCCUUAUAAAAGUGACCCGUUGCAAAGUGUAGUAACUCAUGAUGAAUGCAUGAGGAAGCAUUGGCAAGCAUUGUAAAGCCCAGAGAGGUAUAGUGAAGCAUAUUAAAAUCCAGGGCAAACUGUAGUAAACUUUGAUAAAUGCAUAGUAUACUGUAAGCAAAUUUACCUUACAGAUUUACCAGGGUCAACUUUUACAAGGGAACUCAAACAGGCAUAUAUGUCUUUAUAAAGAGAGCACCCAUUUAGGGGAGGGAUAGUGGGGUUUGGUGUGGCUGUGAUUGCCUUACAUUAUGUGAAUUACUGUGUACUACUAGACUGCAUUUAUUGUAAAGCUAUGCUGUUACAAAGUGACAGCAACGUUAGAUCAAAUAGUGACAUAGAGUAUUUGCACUACCUUUCAUUUCUUUUUGUUUUAAUUAUGAGCUAUAUUAGUUCAGACAGAUCAUGAUUACAUAUGAGGUAGGUCUGUCAAUAGGAAUGUGUUGUGUUUCUCUCAUCGCAGCUCUACACUGAGUCUAGCAUUCUUCUGUCCCAGACAUUUAGGUAACAGUAAAGGUUGUGUUAUUGCUGCUGUGAUGACAUAUUUGACAUUACUAUGUUUAACUGGCCAAAAGAAUAUCUUGUCCAUAAUUGUAAAACACUCGGAUCACUUCAAAGAGAUGUCUGCCCCGCAGUGGGCUGUUUUGUCCUUUUUUUAUGAGAUAACUGGUUUACAUGUAAAAAAAAGAAUAGAUAAGAACUGUGAGACAGUUCGGAACUCUGAAACUGUGAGAUCGAUCGGAACUCUGAAACUGUGAGAUUGCUCGGAACUCUUGAUCAGGAAUCUCAGCCUCACUGUUGUGUGGUCUUUGGCACCACUGUACCAAAUGCUCCUGUAAUUCAUUCACAUGGUCAAGUGGUUAAAGAAAAGGUCAAAUCCCACCUCAGCCACUGACUCAUUGUGUGACCCUGAGCAAGUCACUUGACCUCCUUGUGCUCCGUCUUUCGGGUGAGACAUAGUUGUAAGUGACUCUGCAGCUGAUGCAUAGUUCACACACCCUAGUCGCUGUAAGUCGCCUUGGAUAAAGGCGUCUACUAAAUAAACAAAUAACAAUAAUAAUAAUAAUGAACAUCCACCUGCUCUGUUCACUUAGGUUUCCUGACACAAAGGAAGGUCCAUUGCAAAGGUUUACAACAUUUUCUACCUAAAAAUAAAAAUACUCAAAAACAACUUAGAUUCCCGUAGCAAAGCACACAGGGUUGUCUUCUCCCAGUUUAGAUUCAUGAGACACACGCACACAGUAGCUGCUUGUCCUGAUUUGAACCUCUUCAGAGCUGGUUCUGAAUCCAGUGCAGUACGGAGGUAUUGGACACAGUUUGGGGGGGAUCCCAUAUGCACAAGUCCUUGCUGCGCUGUUCUGAGUCCUACAUGACUGGAGGUUAAGGGGUGAAAGAAAGUUAUUGCUGUUCUGGCUUUAUUUAUGUUGCCUUUGAAGGAUGAACCUUCUAAUGUGACCUUUGUAACUCAGCAUGCUAUCUUGUGUAAACGUCCUAAACAAACAAGCAAUGCCUGAUUGCAGAGAACGGCAGCUUGACAUGACCAGGUUACAGAUGCAGUAUGUUGGUUAAAAGAGUGCACUGGCCAAGGUACUUUUAAUAGAAGGUGUUUUUGGGGUUUUUUUGUAUUCUUUUAGGAAUUACUUUUUUUUAAUAAAAAAUAGAGCUUUUAUUCCUCAUAGUUUUUGAAUGUUUUAUUAAAAUAUAUAAAUUGUUUAAAAUAUGUUUGUGGAUUACUGUUUUUUUUUCUAAUUCCUAAACAGUGAAUAAAAUGUAUUUAGUGCAAUGUA